AUGGAUUCAAUCGUCUCUAAAGUGCGCGUUGAGCUUGUUGAGCUUGCUGAAACUUAUGCAGCCAACAAGCACGAAAAUGUUACGAUUCGUCUAAUUUCUGGCUUCCAGCGAGCCUUGUUUGCCAUUCUCCACGAAAGUAUUCGAAUUAAGGACCUUGAACAGUCUAAGGAGCUUAGAGACGAGAUGAUCGAGCUGUUCGAGGAUGAAUAUCCAACAGAACCUGCGUGGCCAUACCUCAACCAAUUAGAGAAGCAGGAUAGAUGUUUUGCUAAGCUAGGUUGUAUAUUCAAGCACGGAGCAGCGCUCUAUAAGUCUCCUUUUUGUCAGGAGCACUUUGUUUGCGAGAAUCACAAGUCAAGUCCUUGCAUUGCAAAACACGGAAAUGUAGCAGGUCAGAAACAUCAGGUCAAGUAUGAUAUAAAAGAUGUGGGAAAUAUAGCUCUAGAUGUCGAAAACGCGAGCACUAAGCAAUUUAUUGGAGGAGAAACAAGCAAAGAAAUUCCUAGGAAUAGGAAGUCAGACCAAACGAAUGCAUGUAGACGGCUUCUAGGUACUAGAGACCUAGAGCAAGAGAAACUACCUAAGUCUUUAGAGGUAGAAGCUAUAGGCAUGUCAAAGUCCUUUGAAUGUUCUUGGUAUUCUUGGAAAGAUGACUCUGAAUACCAUACAGAUAGUUCAUCUAGCGAUCAAAGUGAAUCAGAAGAUGAUGUUAUUAAAGGAGAAGAGCAGAAUUGGCAAAAUGCAGACAUCGGGAGAUAA